UGGGUGUUUGGGAUCUUUGUUAGGGUUUAUCUCAGCUGCUCACUAUCUCCUCUCUUCCCGAGAAAAUCCUGAUUUUUUGUUUGUUUUGAUUCCUCCGUAGUUGCCGAUGGAAGCUGUUAUGAGUGGGGUGGAGUUUAGGAUUCAGAGGGAUCAGGAUCCGCCCAACGGAUCUUGCGCUGCUGCUUCUUCUUCUUCUUCCACCUCCGCUGUCUUUAGGAAGAUCGAGUUUCAUCCCGCCAGAAAACCCUUCAAUGGCUUCUCCAAUGGCGGUUCCGAUUUCAAGAUCGAGACGCUGAAUCCUGCCUCCGCCAACAAACGUCCUGCCGCCGUCACGCCCCUCAAAAGACCAGAUGCCUCCGAAUUUUUCGAGAUUGGGUUGGAUCCCGAGCUCCGUAUCGGUAUCACCGUCCGCAAAAUCGGCGCUGGUUUGGAGAAUCUGGGGAAUACGUGCUUUCUUAAUUCGGUACUGCAAUGUUUGACAUACACCGAGCCUUUGGCUGCUUACCUGCAAAGCGCUGCGCAUCAGAAGUCCUGUCACGUUGCUGGGUUUUGUGCUUUAUGUGCUAUUCAGAAACAUGUCAGAACUGCUCUACAAGCUACAGGCAGAAUAUUAGCACCUAAGGAUUUGGUCUCAAACUUAAGAUGCAUAUCCCGCAAUUUCAGAAAUUGUAGACAGGAGGAUGCGCAUGAGUACAUGAUCAAUUUGCUUGAAUGCAUGCACAAGUGUUGUUUGCCUUCUGGUGUACCAAGUGAGUCUUUGGAUGCCUAUAAGAGCAGUUUGGUUCACAAAAUUUUUGGUGGCCGCCUCCGCAGUCAGGUGAAAUGCACGCAAUGUUCCCACUGCUCUGAUACUUUUGAUCCAUUUCUUGAUUUAAGUCUGGACAUUGCGAGAGCAGAUUCAUUGCAGAAAGCGCUUUCUCACUUUACAGCUGUUGAGCUCCUAGAUGAUGGGGCAAAGAUUUACCAAUGUGAACGUUGCAAGCAGAAAGUUAAAGCUGUCAAACAGCUUACUGUUUCUAAAGCACCUUAUGUUCUGACUAUCCAUUUUAAGCGAUUUGAAGCACAUCGAUCAGAAAAAAUUGACAAGAAAGUUCAGUUUGUCCCUACAAUUGACAUGAAACCGUUUGUUAGCGGUUCCUAUGAAGGUGAUUUGAAGUACACCCUCUAUGGUGUUCUUGUUCAUUAUGGUCGGAGCAUUCAUUCUGGUCAUUACUCAUGCUUCAUUCGCACGGCAAGUGGGAUGUGGUACUCCCUUGAUGAUAAUAGGGUUAAACAGGUUGCUGAGAGGACUGUUUUUGACCAAAAGGCUUAUAUGUUAUUCUAUGUCCGUGAUAGAAAAAAUGCUGCACCAAAGAAUGCGGCUGCAAUAGUCCUGAAGGAUAGCUCUAGAGGAAGCUUUGCCGCAAAUAGUGCUUCUUCACUUUUCCCAUCUAAUUCAGGACAAGUAAAUGGUUCGACAGACAUUAAAUCAUGUAUUCUAGAUGCUUCUGCUGCCAGAACUCAGAAAGACAGUCACAGCAUUUUGACAGUCACAGGAACCCUAAAGAAGGAAGCACCUUCUAAGCAAAUUAAUGAUGUGGUGAUGGCUAAAUGCGUUACAGCGAAAGGGAAUUCGAAGAAUAAAUGCACAGCUUCGACUGUAUCCCCAGGGGAGAUAUUGAAACCCAUGUCUCCCUUUUUGAAUGGAAUCAUUACCACUCAAAAUCUUGGAAACAUGCCAAUUUCUGGUGCCAUGUCUGGGAUCUGUAUCGAGGAGAAGAAUUCAGCGAGCAAAUUGAAUAUGUCAGUUGAUGUAUCAUACGCAGGCUGUCUUUCACAUGAGACUUCACAGACAGUUAAUCUCCCUUCAGUAUCCAUCCCCCCGAAUGUCACCAAUAUCAGAAAUCCUGCAGUACGCUCAUCUAUGGAGGCCUCAGAUGUAACUUUAGCUGGAAAUUCCAGCAAAAUGGCAAAGCCUCCAGAGAAGCCAGAUUGUAAUAACAGCCAGGUUGAGAGUGCAACAAGUUGUAAUUCAUUGAACAAAAAAGCUGCGCUAAAUGAUCAGAAUUUGGCACAGCGAUCAAAUGAAACAGCAAUCCCGUGUGACAUGUCUACUGAGUCAGUGAAGAUUUCAACUUCUGAUAGAGUGAACAUUGUCACUUCAAGAAAGAUUCACAAGCCACACAUGAAAAACAUGUCCAUGGGCUUAAAACUUUUUAAACUGGCUCUGGGUUUGUGUAAGAAGAAGAAGCAUAAAAGGAGAAAACUAAGAGCCUCGGCAGUCAAGAAUAUCGCCGAAGAGCUUUUAUCUCAGCAAAGAGCAGCAGAUCAAGGGCCUUCAACUUCACAGGCAGCUAGCACAGUUUCAUCUGGCUCCACUUGCUUUCUUGAGAAAGAUAAUAGUAUUAGUGUCCAAGAUACAAGUAAAAGUGAUGCCACUGGUGAUCUAUUGAUGGACAAUGCAAUUGGAGAACUCAAGGACAGAAUUAAUCAAAAUGGUUCUGUUCUUGCAUCGGAGAGGCAAGCCAUUGGCAACUCUGUUGUGUCUGAAGCAAGCCAACGGGCCAAACGGAAGAGAGAUUCUUCAAAAGACGGACAAGAAGUGAAGUCUGAGAAAGCAGCUCUGAGCAUUCUGACACGGGGUUUGCCAGAGACCGUGGUUGCAAAAUGGGACGAUCAAGAGCUACCUUAUCGCAUUACAAGAUCGGAGAGUGAGAAUGUCAAUAUCGGUUAUGUAGCAGAUGAGUGGGAUGAGGAAUAUGAUAGAGGGAAGAGAAAGAAGGUAAAGAGCAAUAAAGUGGAUUUCGGAGGGCCAAAUCAGUUCCAACUAUUGGCGUCAAAGAAACUAAAGCAGUCUGCUGAGAGAAAGGCAAAGUGGAGGAGGCAACACAUGAGAGAACCGUGAAGACAGUGUUCAGUGUGUGAAAACAGAAGCGGUGAGUGUGAAUCUGAUACUGGACCUGUCUUAUGUUAUAAUCUUUUACAGGUAUAAAUAUUUUUAACUCAGUGAUGGACAAAGUAUUCUUGACCAGUGGAAAAGAGAAGCAGAGAUGUUGUGAAGCUCUCUUUUCCUCAGUCCAGUUUUGUGCUGUUAAGUUGUGAUUUUGUCGACCCUCUCGUAGAUUAUGAAGAUAAAGAGACUUUUGGCUGUCGUUUGUGUCGUGGGAUUGGUGGUUCAACCUCUCUAUUCAUCAACAUUGCUUGUCUCAAAGCAUGAUGUGCGAUGUAUAUCUAUAUAUAAUUUCUAAUGA